AAACGUGCUCACCCGACGGCAGCUCACAGGACCCCGGAGAGUCCUGGCAUGGUAUCUCGGUCCGGACUCUCCGCUGGGCCCACGAAGGAGAAAGGCUGCCUCGGAUUCCUGCGCCCGAGCCAAGGUCCGGCGCCCACGGAGGCAAGUCCGGUCUCACGGUGACCUCCCGCCGGCGCCGCCUUCGCCGCCAACCAUCCAGUUCUUCCUCCAGGCCACGUUCUCCUGCGUGGUCGCUGCCUCCUGCAGAGUGGCCAGCAAUAGCUGCUGGGUCCUGGCCGCCUCCUCCCUGCUCCUUGGGUCCUGCAGUGGCAUCUCCUGAGGGCAGGAAGGGGAGUUCGCAGGAGCUCCAGUCCGGGGCUCUCCACCCGCCCACCCAUCCUCGGGAUUACCAGUUGCUUCUACCUUUAGCAUUUCCUGCUUCCGCCGCUCUCCCGGGGUCACGAUAACGAGGAGCGCGUAGCCCACGCCAGCCCCUGCGCCCAGCAUUGCGACUGAGAUCAGCAUUUUCCGCAAGGAAUCCAUGGCCGCCUGCACAGCCAGCGGAGAGCCCACGGGAGCUCCCCGCAGCCGCAAGCUGUUGCCGCGCGGUCUCACUACCCCUUGGCGCAGGCUAGAGCGCCCUAUAGCAGAAACCAUAGAUAAGCGGCCGGCUAGAGAGGACCUGCUCGAGGAAACGUUUGGAAUCCGGAGCGCUUGGAUCUCAGGUUUAGCUGAGGGGGUUGAGGUGUCCAAGAAGUGCUGGCACCAAGGGCUGAGCGCGGGGACCCUGUGUCCUCAAUUCCGGGGUGGGAUUGCUAGGGGGAGAGUGUGUGUCUUCAUGGUUGCCGUGGGUUUUAUGAUUGCCCAUUUUUCUGUCUUCCGACGUUUCCCGAUCAGUAGAGGCCCGAGCUGUGCUCUGUGGUUUCCUGCAGUCACCCGCGCGUUUUCAACACAGCGCAUGGAGGGCAUCUACACACAUACACAUCCCUCUCCAUCCCCUCAACUCUGGAACAAACACUCAAAGUCAAGUAUACUGGUUGGAGAAAUGGCGUAUAAUCGCUUAGCACAGUCGGUGCUUAAGGGGCCAGGCUCCAAAGAAGAUUAAAGGAACAGUUUGUGGGGUGCACUGGGCAGCAGUACUCUCCUCUGAGUUCAAUCAUCUUGCACUCUAAGAAUCACCACCAUGGCCCUUGUGCCAGGGAGAAGCAAGGAGGAUGGGCUUUGGACUAGAAAUAGCCCAGGCUCCUCCCAGCAUCCAGAAAGUCCCAGGCUGCCCAACCCUCUCUGGGACAGAGGAAAAAUUGGCAAGGUUGAAGGUCACCAGCACAUUCAGGAUUUCUCUCAAAAGUCCCAUCUGCCGUCUAUUGUGGUGGAAUCCAGUGAGGUGAAUGAAGAGAGUGGGGAUCUCCAUUUGCCCCAUGAGGAGCUGCUGCUGCUCACUGAUGGUGAGGAAGAGGACGCUGAGGCCUUCUUCCAAGACCAAAGUGAAGAGCCAGGCUGGGCUUGGAGCCCACAGGACCCUAGAAGUCCUUUAAGAACAUUUAACGCUGGACUCAGCUGGGGGCAGGACGAGGAUGAAGAAGAUGCUUGUUGGAUUCUUGAAGACACAGCAUGUCUGGAAGCCACCAACCACUGUCCCUUCUGGGACUCCACAACAGGCUCCCGUGUUUGUAGAAGCGGCUUUGUGGAAUAUUCCCAUCUCCUGCCUCCUAAUAGCUUUGAGGGAGCUGAAGAAGAAGCUGUUCAAACGCCGGCGGGUGUUGAAUCGGGAGCGGCGUCUGAGGCACCGGGUGGUCGGGGCUGUGAUAGACCAAGGGCUGAUCACGCGGCACCACCUCAAGAAGCGGUCGUCCAGUGCACGUGCCAACAUUACGCUGUCAGGGAAGAAGCGCAGAAAACUCCUCCAGCAGAUCCGGCUUGCCCAGAAAGAGAAGACAGCUAUGGAAGUGGAAGCCCCUUCAAAGCCAGCCAGGACUAGUGAACCACAGCUCAAAAGGCAAAAGAAGACAAAAGCCCCCCAGGAUGUAGAAAUGAAGGACCUUGAAGAUGAGAGCUAAACCUCUUCCACUAGAAGAUUCUCAACUGGAGCCAGCCUUCAGACUCAGUGGUUGUUUCAGAGGACUUUGACAAAAGCAAGGCCCCUUUUCACUCUCCAGAUUUCCUCCUACCUAAUGGCCUACUGACCUCCCCUAGAGGGAUGUCUUUGGAAGGGAAGAAGGUAUAGAAGAAAGAUUGGAGAAGGGCCUCUCUAGCAGUCAACUCCAUUUGUAAUAAAGCCCUAGCACUCUGA